GACUCACUCAAGUACGUAAGUACUUAUCUGUGCGUAUUUCCCUAAAAUUUAAUUUCAAAACAUAUAAACAACGAACGACUCAUUCGUAUUGACAAUUUUAUAAAACCGAGGUUAUUAAUUCAGACAUCAUCAUUUUUUCCCUGUCGCUUUUCGAAGAUCAAUACAGGUAAUAAUUCACGUUACAACUUUGUCAAAAAAAAAAUUCAACCGACUGAAUAUUAUUGUUCAUUAGUUCGAUACAAACUUUUUAAUUUAUAAAAUGAAAUUGUUGAAUUUUGUCCUAAUCUUGAUGGUUUGCUUCACAUUGACAUUCUCGCGAAAUCAGAUCAGAAGUAAACGUACAAUAGACAAAUUGCUUGGCUACUCGAAUUGCUGGCAAAAACAAUGCCCACCUUGGAAAUGUCAAGACGAUUCUGCUGUGAUUCAUGGAUAUUGCUGUCAUUGUCCAGGAUCUGAAUACGAUAACGUUCCUGUUCCAUGUUAUCCGGAUUUGAAAUGUCCAAUAUCACCAGAGCCACUUUGCUCGGAUUAUAAUUUCAUGAUGGAUUGUUGCUGCACAGGACCUUGAUAAUGUUUCAGAAAAUUUUUACGUAAGUUUUUAUCCUAAUAAAUCUAAUCAAUUCCAAAAUUGUGAAUUUUAUAUAAUAACUAAGGUACCUAAUAAAUCUCAAAUUACGUUAUA